AGGUUUGUCAGUCAGGGGUUAGAGUCUAAGUGGAAAGGAGUGGAAUCGUUCUAUCACCAUGGUUGACACCCGGAGUGGGAAGAGCACUAGCCCCAACACCCAGGAGCAGCAAGAGAAGAUGGCCGCCCUAGUGAAAGAAAACAAAGAGAGGAAGGAGCUCGAGAAGCAGGCGAAGCUAAAGGCAAUCGCAGAGGAGCAGGCGGCAAAGAUGAAGACGUUGGAGGAGAGGAUGAAGAAAGUUCAGAAGGAGGAGGAAGAGAGGAGAAAGGCUGUUGAGGAAGAAGCGGCAGCAGAAGAAGAAAAAGAGAGAAUGCGUAUUGAGAGUAGAGAGGGGAGCAGUGGCACGAAAAAGGACGAAGAAGCAGAGAUGGAGAAGAAGAUAAGCGAGUGGGUCGCUACUUUAUCAUUGGGGGAAGAUGAGGAGGCGGAGUCUUAUGUGCCUCAGGAUAAGAGAGAUGCGUUAGCCAGGGAGCUAAUGGCAAUGGAGGACCCCAUGGAACGGCGAGAAAGAGAGGAGGAGCAGAAGUUGGAAUGGAAGUUGAGAAUGAAGAGGGAGAAGAAGAGGAGGGAGGAAGUCAAUAGGCUGACCGCAGAGGUGGCAAAGGUGCAGGCCUGUAGGCAAGAAGUGGAGGCGCAGGCAGACGACAAGGCCAAAUGGGAUAAAGUGUUGGGAUACCUAGAGGUGCUGAGCGCAGCACGGAUGGAGGAGCGCCAGGCCAGUUGGAGUCAGGAGGUAGCCUUGAGUGCCAUGCGGUCGGGGUUUAGGGAUAUGGUUACCCACGUUGGGGGAGAAGUAAGAAGGUUGAGAGACAACGUGGGGAAGUUUUGUGAGGGCGCUAUCGAGGGCGCCAAAGCGGUAGCCGCUGUAGAAGGCGAGGCCAGGCCUCGCAACGACCCAGUCAAGCUUAAGUUCCCCGAUGCUUACGGGGGGAAAUCUGACGAGAACUUCGAUAACUGCGAGGCUAGUGUAAACAGUUACGUUUACCUACAGCACAUAGUGCAGGACGAUCAAGUCCUGGUAGCUUUCCAAGCCCUCAAGGACGAAGCGGCUAGUUUCGCUAGGUCUCUCACGCACGCGGCCGGUUGUGAAAACAACAUGGUCGCCUAUUCCAACGUCACCCCCCUCCCUCAAUUCUUCAAGCUCCUUAGAGAGCGCUUUGCUGAUCUUCGCAGGGGCGUCAGAGCCUCUGAUAAGCUCCAAACGAUCCACUCACGACAGUGGAGGAGUGCCAAGGCACUCAAGGGCGUUCUUGACGACUUGGUAGCCGUCCCAGACCAUGGGGUCACUGAGCCCCAAUUGGUCCAAUUAUUUAAUCGUGCCAUGCCAGAGCCCCUGCGUGGGCACUUUCUUGAUAAGUUCCAACAACCCACCAUGACAUACGAUGCGCUCAGUAGAGAGGUGGUGCUGUUUGAGGCCAAGUCCAUGCCAGUUUCCACUUUCUGGCAUAAGGACUUAGAAAAGGGCAAAAGGUGGAAAGGCCGUACCAUCUCAGGCCAAGUUAGGGCCAAGGAUCAUAUGAUCCUUACCUUAGAGGAGGGUGGUACAGAUGAGGUCCCAUAUAGUCAGAUCGAGUGGGGCCUUGAGGAGGAGGACAGUAGCGUCGGGCAGGGGAGGUCCUAUGCUGCUGUCGCGGCUGGAGGGAGGCCGCAAAGUAGAGGAGGAGGCCAGGGCCAAAGGGGCCAGGCCAUGGGAGGCCGAGGACCGGGCGCACAAGCGGACAAGGGAACCGCCAAGUGGGAGGUAGGGGUCAAGGUCCCCCGCCAAAUCGUCAAGGUUCUUGUCGGUCCCCACAGCGACGAGGUGGAAGGGCACCUCAAGGAGGAUGGCACCCAGGCUUGCCACAGGGCAGGCCCUAGGAAGAUUUGGGCUUGGACCAACGCGUAUGGCAAGAACACGUGGACCAGGGUCAGUGCGUAUUCUGUGGUGACCCUGCCCAUGUAAUAAAAUUUUGUCCCAAGUAUAGACAGGCCCGUUGGGCUGCCCAGCAG